AUGUUUUCGACGAAACUGAUUCACCCGAACCAGGAAAUCGAGUACGAAAUCGCGCACUCCCCCGUGAGAGCGUUGAAACAUUCCUACGGGAGCAACUUGCGAAGAGCGAAAAGUUUAGAUUUACCUCGAGACGCGUUCGAGAGACGCGUGUCGGAGGAGAAAUUUAGAAGUUUGAAAGAGCACUUGAAACGAUUCGAGGAGGAGAACAACGAGGACGGGGAGGAAAAGGAUGAGCAUUCGUCAUCUUCUGAAGAUGACGACGAGGAGAGGAGAGACGAGGAGGAAGACGAGAUAUCGCUGGCGGGGAACGCGAGAAGAAGACUAAGGAGAAAUAGUAGCAGGAAGAGCAGUAACAGAAGCGAUGAACGACGCGAUGGAAAACAUCAUCGACGAGCGCCACAGACGAGUAGUAGUAGUAGUAAGAGCAGAAGAAAAAAGUAUCGCUUCCCUUUAGCCUCUCUGAUCGAUUUCCGUAAACUUGGGAGGCACAAGCGGUACGCGGAUUUAACCAUGUCUCGACCGCUCAUGCGAGGGUGGUUGCACUGUUUGUUAGCUUCAGUUGGGUACCCGAUAUUACUAUACAACAACAAAUCGGAAUGGUUUCGAGUGCACCCGAGAACCUUUUGGUUGAUGAUGUGCACGCUGGUGCCGUAUACGUGUUCGACGUUUUUACACUUCAUUCCGUGGAAAUCGAGGUUCGCGCACGACGUCGCGUUGAGCGCAGAUUUUCUCGGGAUAUCCUUCGGGUUCACCUCACACACGGUGUUAUUCUCCGGGGAUUUAUUUCAAGGCACAGAAGCGCGCGUCGCUGUAUGCGCGACGUCGAUUCUUUUCUUCAUGCAAAUCCUCGCGUUUCGCCAAAAGCAAACGUGCGUGAUGAAAUACAUGCGAAGAGAACGGUUCCUCAUUUUCGCGUUCAACAUCGUCUUGUUGAUGAUCACCGAGACGAAAUACAUACACGGCGUCAGUUGGAAAACAAACGUAGCUAUUCAGUUUACGAGUAAAUUCCUAUCGCCUUUUUACUUUGUCUAUUGCACUCGCAUGGAUUGUAAACGACGAAGCCCUAUGACGAUUCCGGGCGUUUGGUGCGCGCACGAAAAUUGGCAUCUCAUGAUCUUUGCAAACCAUUUGAUGCAAAUAUACGCCAUGAUUCGGUUAGUCGGGGAUUAUUGUCCAGAAAACAGAGCGUGUAGCGACGUUUUGAGUAGCUGGUAG